GGCAGCUGGAGGUCUACGCGCAGGGUCUCAACGAGCGAUGGCGAGAGCCUUCCCGCGCCCAGUUCGCGGCCGCACCAAGUGUCAGGGUGGCCGGGAGCGGCUGGGGGUUCCCCGGCGGGAGGAACGGGCACUGUGAGGUCAGCGCGCCGCGGCCCGGGUCACAAUGCAGCCCUCCCCUUCGACGCUCUGGCUCGGACGCGCCGCAGACACCUGCCCGGCUCCGCCUGGACCGGAGUGUCCUCCGGCGGCCAGGGCUCGGGCAGCUGCUUCCAGCCUGGGACCGGCCUCGGCCUCCGGCAGAGCGCCCCGGGGCCGGGACAUGAGUGCCCAGGAGCCCCCGCAGGGUCGGAGAUUCCCCAUUGAGGCCGGAGACUCCCCUGGCCUUGCCGCCGCCCCCGAGUCCCAGGACAGCCCGGAGCCGGUAGCGACGGAGCACAACCCGGUCAGGCCACUUCGCCGCUGCCCGGGCUGCCACUGCCUGACGCUGUUGCACGUGCCCAUCGACGUCUACCUGGCCAUGGGCGGGAGCCCCCGGGCCCGCGCCACCUGAGUGCGCCUGCAUCCGGCGGCUCGCGGGAGCUGGGCGGGACGAGGCCCCGCGCGGGCCACCACCUUGAGGUCGCGCGCGCCGAGCACGAGACAAUGAUGCACAUUUUAAAAUAAAAGAAUGAUGCACAUUUUAAUAAAGCACAGCAUAAACUGUUCUUUCCA